AUGGCCGUGAAGCACGGUGCUUUCAUCGUCACCGACGCGAUGCGCGAGCAGAGCCUCCGCAACGAGUUUGAGAGCGAGACGGUCAGGCUACAGCAGGAGGCAUCUUUGACGCAGCAGCAGCUCGCGCUCCACGCUGUGCGCGACCGUUAUCUGGCUCGCGUGCAUUUCAACCUCGGGCUGGCCGAUGGGGCGACGGGUAUGGCUGAUAUGGCGGACGCGAUAUGCGGCGGAUGGGUUGCGGAAGGCGAUGCUUCCACAGCACUUGCGCAUGCAGCGCGGCUGCGUGCUGAGCAGGCACAGCAGCGUGUUGAGCAACUUGCACGUCCCGGUGCGCAAGUCCUGUGCCAGUGGUGCGCAAGUCCGGUGUUGUGCAAAUUGGUGCCGGUGCGCAAGUCACGCACGUGCCAGUGUCACGUGCCCAGUUUAUACGUGCCCAGUGAGCAGUGUCACGUGCCCUGA